GCCUCUGCGGGCGGGGCGCGCAGCCCGCCGUCUCGGAGGCCGAGGCUCGACCGAGCGCUACGGAGGACUGUUCGGCCGCCCAGCACCUCGGCAGUGCAGCUGCCAGGCCCGGACUCUGCGGGGACCUGAGGGGCGUCACGAGCGGCAGCGAGCCGCCUCCCCCCACCCCGGGUGGGAGCGGUGGUUGGGCCCGGCUGCGGCAGAGCGUUCUCUCGGAGAUGGCGGAGCCGCCGCGACGCGGCCCAAGGCCCCGAGAGCUGGGAAGCCGGGCAGCCCCGGGACGCGGCGGAGCCCGGGGACAGCGGGGACGCCGCCUAGUCCGCCGGGUGUGAAGCCAACAUGCAGUGGUUAAGAACACGGGCUGUGGAGCUCUACAGGCCUGACUUUGAAUCCCAGUUCCUCCACUGACUGAGCUGUGUGAUCCUGGGCAAGUGACUAAGCUUCUCUGGACCUCAAAUUACUCACAUGUAAAAUGGGGAUAAUAAUAGUGUCUGCCUCUUACCUACCUUCCAGGGCUGAUGUGAGCAUUAAAUAUAUGGAAAGCUCUUGGAAGAAUGUCUGACAAAGAGAGCUUUUUUUUUUUGGAGAACAAAUCAUCCUGUGAGCAGGAGAUAGUGAGGGCAGGGAUUAUGAACUUUGUUGACCUCUAAUGUGAGGAGCCCAGCAGGACCAAGAGUGGAGCCUGGCUAGAUUUGCAUCCUGAAGCCAUGGACCAGGGGGCCAUGGUGACUUGAGACCAGUGGACUGUGUCCAGUUGCCCCUCGUUGCCCCUUCUAACUCCCCUACCCUAAAGUAAGGGGAGUUGGCUCCAACUUUUCAGGGAACUAACCCUGAGGAAAUCAUUUUCCCUUACUUUCCUAUCCUACCCUCUUAAGAGAGCCCAGCCUAUAGAACUCCUACCUCCCAUCCCCUGAGGUAGACCCCAUCCCUGCCUCCCCUUCCCCGCCAUGCUCAAGCUGUGGAAGGUGGUACGCCCAGCUCGGCAGCUGGAACUGCACCGCCUCAUACUGCUGCUGAUUGCUUUCAGUCUGGGCUCCAUGGGCUUCCUGGCUUACUACGUAUCCACCAGCCCCAAGGCCAAGGAACCCUUGCCCCUGCCCUUGGGAGACUGCAGCAGUGGUGGGGCAGCUGGCCCUGGCCCUGUACGUCCACCAGUCCCACCACGGCCCCCCAGGCCACCAGAGACAGCUCGAACUGAACCUGUGGUCCUUGUGUUUGUGGAGAGUGCAUACUCACAGCUGGGGCAGGAGAUUGUGGCCAUCUUGGAGUCUAGUCGUUUUCGUUAUAGCACUGAGCUAGCACCCGGCCGAGGGGACAUGCCCACACUGACUGAUCAUACCCGUGGCCGCUAUGUCUUGGUCAUUUAUGAAAACCUGCUCAAGUAUGUCAACCUGGAUGCCUGGAGUCGGGAACUGUUAGACCGGUACUGUGUGGAGUAUGGUGUGGGCAUCAUUGGCUUUUUCCGAGCCCAUGAACAUAGCCUACUGAGUGCCCAGCUCAAGGGUUUUCCCCUUUUCCUACACUCAAACUUGGGGCUCCGGGACUACCAAGUGAAUCCUUCUGCCCCCUUACUGCAUCUCACACGCCCCAGCCGCCUGGAACCUGGGCCGCUGCCUGGUGAUGACUGGACCAUCUUCCAAUCCAAUCAUAGCACAUAUGAACCAGUGCUUCUUGCCAGCCUUCGGCCAGCUGAAUCCCCUGUGCCAGGACCAGUGCCUCGCCGGACCCGGCUUCCCACUGUCGUACAAGACCUGGGGCUUCAUGAUGGCAUCCAGCGGGUGCUCUUUGGCCAUGGCCUUUCCUUCUGGCUCCACAAACUUGUUUUUGUUGAUGCUGUUGCAUACCUCACUGGCAAGCGCCUCUGCCUAGACCUUGACCGCUACAUCUUGGUAGACAUUGAUGACAUCUUUGUGGGCAAGGAAGGUACCCGCAUGAAGGUGGCUGAUGUUGAGGCUCUGUUGACCACCCAGAACAAACUCAGGACCUUAGUCCCCAACUUCACUUUCAACUUGGGCUUCUCGGGCAAGUUCUAUCAUACUGGGACAGAGGAGGAGGAUGCAGGGGACGACAUGCUGCUGAAGCACCGCAAAGAGUUCUGGUGGUUCCCCCACAUGUGGAGCCACAUGCAGCCACACCUGUUCCACAAUCGCUCCGUGCUGGCUGACCAGAUGAGGCUCAACAAACAGUUUGCUCUGGAACAUGGGAUUCCCACGGAUCUGGGGUAUGCUGUGGCCCCCCACCACUCGGGUGUAUACCCCAUCCACACGCAACUCUAUGAGGCCUGGAAAUCUGUGUGGGGCAUCCAGGUGACCAGCACUGAGGAAUAUCCCCAUCUCCGCCCUGCCCGCUACCGCCGUGGCUUCAUUCACAAUGGCAUUAUGGUAUUACCACGGCAGACGUGUGGACUCUUCACUCACACAAUCUUCUAUAAUGAAUAUCCUGGAGGCUCUCGUGAACUAGACCGGAGCAUCCGAGGUGGAGAGCUCUUUCUGACAGUGCUGCUUAAUCCGAUCAGCAUUUUUAUGACCCAUCUGUCAAAUUAUGGAAAUGAUCGGCUGGGCCUGUAUACCUUUGAGAGCCUGGUGCGUUUCCUUCAAUGCUGGACACGGCUGCGCCUACAGACCCUUCCUCCUGUCCCUCUUGCACGAAAGUACUUUGAACUGUUCCCUCAAGAGCGAAGCCCCCUUUGGCAGAAUCCCUGUGAUGACAAGAGGCACAAAGAUAUCUGGUCCAAGGAGAAAACCUGUGAUCGGCUACCCAAGUUCUUGAUUGUGGGACCCCAGAAAACAGGGACCACAGCUAUUCACUUCUUCCUGAGCCUGCACCCAGCUGUGACUAGCAGCUUCCCUAGCCCCAGCACCUUUGAGGAGAUUCAGUUCUUCAACGGCCCUAAUUACCACAAGGGUAUUGAUUGGUACAUGGACUUCUUCCCUGUCCCUUCCAAUGCCAGCACUGACUUUCUCUUUGAAAAAAGUGCCACCUACUUUGACUCAGAGGUUGUACCACGUCGGGGGGCUGCCCUUCUGCCACGAGCCAAGAUCAUCACUGUGCUCACCAACCCUGCUGACAGGGCCUACUCCUGGUAUCAGCACCAGCGAGCACAUGGAGACCCAGCUGCUCUGAAUUAUACUUUCUACCAGGUGAUUUCAGCCUCCUCUCAGGCCCCUCUGGCACUUCGCUCCCUGCAGAACCGCUGUCUUGUCCCUGGCUACUAUUCCACCCAUCUGCAGCGCUGGCUGACUUACUACCCCUCUGGACAGUUGCUGAUUGUGGAUGGGCAAGAGCUGCGUACCAACCCAGCUGCCUCAAUGGAGAGCAUCCAGAAGUUCCUGGGUAUCACACCCUUUCUGAACUACACACGGACCCUCAGGUUUGAUGAAGAUAAGGGAUUCUGGUGCCAGGGACUUGAAGGUGGGAAGACUCGUUGUCUGGGCAAAAGCAAAGGCCGGAGGUAUCCGGAUAUGGACACUGAGUCCCGCCUUUUUCUUAUGGAUUUUUUCCGGAACCACAAUUUGGAUCUGUCGAAGCUGCUAAGCCGGCUUGGACAGCCAGUGCCCUCAUGGCUUCGGGAAGAACUGCAACAUUCCAGUCUGGGCUGAUGUCCAGGCCUCCUGUACCAGCAAAAGUGCCCCGCUACCCUAAAGGGCAAGCCCAGAGCAGGGCCCACAAGGGGUAUUAGAGUGGCCCAGCCCCUGCCCCUUCUACCUCAGUGGCCCCCAGGCCUGGGAUGGCUGAGAAGGAAAGGGCAGUCCUUUCCCAUAGCUCUAGGGUCUUAUAAAGGGGCUUCCCUUGAUACCCCACAUCAUGGUACUACGCACCUUCAACCCAUGGUCUUUGAAGGUGGGUGAGAAUGAAAGGGUCCAGGCAAGGUGUAGAGGAACUUAUUAAUCCAGUGAAUUCCCUCUUCAUUCUCAGCAGUAUAUCUAUCUAUACCUGGCUAUGGGAGGGACCCCCCCCCUACUGUGGGAUCAAUGGGAUCUACCUGUGGCCCGGCCUCCCUAAUGUCAUUCACAUUGAAUGGGGAUGAGGCCGGACAGUGGCUCAUAGAGCUGAGUAUGAGCCCUGGCUGUGGGCUAGAAAUGUCCUUAAUAAACAUCCUUAUUUUUCUGUUU